UGUAGCCCAGCUUCACUGUUUACUACAGAAUUAGUACAUAGCGGACGACAGUCUUUCCCCUGAUCUGUGAACUCCGAGUCUGUGUGUGUGUAUAUAUAUAGGCAUAUAUAAAACGAUAACCUUUCAGUUUUUGCAUAAAAGAAGAACAAUUAUCCAAAAAGCUCAACAUGCCCAAGAGAAAGGGAACUGAUGGAGAGGUGAAGGAGGAGCCCCAGAGAAGGUCUGCCAGGUUAUCGGCAAAACCGACUCCUCCUAAACCUGAACCCAAACCCAAGAAAACACCUAAGAAAGAGAAGGAAGUGAACGAUAAAAAGGAGGACAAAAAGUCGAAGGCGAAGAACGAGGAGACCAAGGAGGAGAACCAGUCAGAAAAUGGAGAGACCAAGACUAAUGAGGUCGAGAAGACUCCAGAGGCAGAGCCGGAGCCAGAGAAGGAGGAGACUAAGGCCGAGUAGCAUCUCACCCGUCCAUCCAUUUCUCUUCUUUCUUUCCCCAUCAGUCCGAAUUAUUCUUCCCUCCCCAUCCCUCUGUCCUUCCCUCCCUCUCUUCCCUCUUUUCCAGCAGGUUUCCGAGCCCCAGACGGACCCCUCUCUCUCUCUCUCUCUCUUUC